CGGGAGCCCAUCGCGGAGCUUUCGGCCGGCGGGAGCGCGGGCCAGAGCUACCAAGGUUAGCAUCUGCAGAUGUUCUUCUGUCUGCAUCUCCAAGCAUCUCUGAGUGUCUGUCAAGAGACAUCUGCCUUUGAAAGACAGUGAAAGACAAGACAGAAAACAUCAGAGGAGCAGCCGAAAGCAUUGGUGAAAAACUUAAAUUACCUAGAUGACUGAUAAUGGUCUUCAGCUGCCAAAAAAGGUUGUGGAUGCCAAGGAAAAGGUAACCAUUUCCCAUCUCCUCGAGUGGAAUUGGAUGCCUCUAGGAGCUCAUAUUGGCUAGCAGUAGUCAUGGCCGAAUUUACAAACUACAAGGAUACUGCCUCCAGUCGCCACCUGCGGUUUAAGUUACAGAGUCUAAGCCGCCGCCUUGAUGAGUUGGAGGAGGCUACAAAAAACCUACAGAAAGCAGAAGAUGAGCUCUUGGAUCUCCAGGACAAAGUGAUUCAGGCAGAAGGCAGCAACUCUAGCAUGCUGGCUGAGAUUGAAGUGCUGCGCCAGAGGGUGCUGAGAAUUGAGGGCAAAGAUGAAGAAAUUAAGAAAGCAGAGGAUCUGUGUCAGCUGAUGAAGGAGAAACUUGAAGAAGAGGAAAACCUCACCAGAGAACUGAAAUCUGAGAUUGAGCGGCUUCAGAAACGAAUGGCAGAACUGGAAAAGUUAGAGGAGGCUUUUAGCAGGAGUAAGAAUGACUGUACUCAGCUUUGUUUGAGCCUGAAUGAGGAGAGAAACCUGACCAAGAAAAUCUCCUCUGAGCUGGAAAUGCUCAGGAUCAAAGUGAAAGAACUGGAAUCUUCCGAGGACCGCCUGGAUAAAACUGAGCAGAGUUUAGUGUCAGAGUUAGAAAAGCUGAAGUCAUUAACUCUGAGCUUUGUUAGUGAGAGAAAAUAUUUGAAUGAAAAGGAGAAAGAAAAUGAGAAAUUGAUAAAGGAGCUCACUCAAAAACUGGAGCAGAACAAAAAAAUGAACCGAGAUUAUACAAGAAAUGCUUCCAAUCUUCUAGAAAGGAAUGACCUACGGAUUGAGGAUGGUAUCUCUUCCACACUGCCGUCCAAAGAAUCAAGAAGGAAGGGCACUCUGGAUUAUCUGAAACAGGUAGAGAAUGAAACAAGAAACAAAUCAGAAAACGAGAAGAACAGAAAUCAGGAAGACAACAAAGUAAAAGACCUUACCCAAGAGAUUGAGAAACUUAAGACACAGAUCAGACAUUUUGAAUCUUUGGAAGAAGAGCUUAAGAAAAUGAGGGCCAAAAAUAAUGACCUUCAGGAUAAUUACCUGAGUGAACAAAAUAAAAACAAACUCUUAGCCAACCAGCUGGAGGAGAUAAAGCUACAAAUCAAGAAGCAGAAAGAGUUAGAAAAUGGGGAGGUAGAAGGGGAAGACACUUUCUUGUCCAGCAAAGGCAGGCAUGAGAGGACUAAGCUCAGAGGCCACGGGAGUGAGGCCUUCGUGACCAAGCACACAUCCCGGGAACCGUCCCCUCAGCAUAAGCGGGAAAGACACCGAAACAGGGAGACUGCUCUCAAUAAUGAAAACUAUUCUCUUGGCAACCGGCAGGUUUCCUCUCCCAGUUUCACCAACAGGAGGGCAGCCAAAGCUUCCAACAUGGGGAUAGGGACAGGUACAGACAGUGGGACUCAGGAGACAAAGAGAACUGAAGACCGAUUUGCAUCUGGCUCCGCUCAGAGUGAAGGGAAGAAAUCUAGGGAGCAGCCAUCAGUGCUCAGCCGUUACCCGCCAGCGGCCCAAGAGCACAAUAAAGUUUGGAAGGGAACUCCCAAGCCAGGCACUGAGAGUGGGUUGAGAGGAAAAGUAGAGAAGACAACACGGACAUUCAGUGACACCACCCAUGGAUCUAUUCCCAAUGACACUUUGGGUAGAGCUGACAAGACUUCUGAUACCUCCUCUGAGGCCCUCUUUGGCAAGAGGGGACAGGUGCCAAGCAGUGGAAGUCAAAUAUCUCAGGCUACAGACUCUGGUAGUUCUAAGACUGUUGGAGUUUUGGUCUCAUCUCGAAGAUCCUCCUCAGAAAGUCUCUCAAAGGGCAAAAAGUCUGCCACUGGCCAGGAGGCUGAUAGCAGUUUCCCAAAUUCCAAGGCUCCUGUUUUAUCAAAGUAUCCUUUUAGCUCCAGAAGCCAAGAGAACAUCCUUCAGGGCUUUUCAACUCCAAAUAAAGAUGGAGUUGAUCAACCUGUAGCAGUUGUGAUGGAAGACAGCAGUCAACAUGAAGCCCUGAAGUGUCAUGUUAUCAAAUGUAGUGGCAGAGAGAAACCAGACUCAGAUGAUGAUUUGGAUAUAGGAUCCCUUGUUACUGCCAAGUUGGUAAACACAACUCUCACUCCAGAGCCAGAGCCCAAACAGCUGCUUAACUCUAGAGAAAAAGCCAAAUCUCGAGGGGGCCUUAGAACAUCCCUGUUUGAGAAUGAUAAAGAUGCUGGAACAGAAGGUGAAUCUGUGAAACCUGUCAGGGCCUCUACUAAUGCUGUGGAGUUCCCAGAGGCCAAUGGUGCUGGGGCAAAAAGCCAAAGACCCUUCAGUCCCAGGGAGGCCUUACGGUCCAGAGCUAUCAUCAAACCUGUUAUCAUUGAUAAGGAUGUGAAAAAAAUCAUGGGAGGAUCUAGAACCGAGGCUGCAAUGGAGAAACAGAAAUCCACUUCCAAACUGGGGCUAAACAAAGUGACAAGUAGCAUUACUAUCUAUCCCUCAGACAGCAGCAGCCCUAGAGCCACCCCAAGUGAAGCCUUGAAGGAGAGGCACAUGUCCACCAGCAACAUCCAGGUUGGGCCACAGGAGCUCACAUCAGUUAGCAACCAUGUUAGCACCCCUUUUGAGCUCUCCAUUCACAAACAUGACAUCACCCUGCAGCUCACAGAACCUGAAAGAAUGGCAGAUGGGCCCCAGAAGAGCAGGCCAGAAAUGGUGGUCUCUCGGAGCAGCAUUAUAAUCAAGCCAUCAGACCCUGUCGAGAGAAAUAGCCAUGCAUCCCCAGCGGAGACAAUCAGGUGGAAAAGCCAUGGUGCCCCUUCAGAAGUGGGUUCUACAGAUGCCCGGCAUGUUACUGUGCGAAAUGCCUGGAAGAGUAGGCGAGACUUGAACUCUGUAGAAGAUUCCCUAACCCAAAUAGGUAAAAAUGUGGAUUAUACUAAUGCGUAUACUCAGAGAUCUUCCACAGACUUCUCAGAACUUGAACAGCCCAGGUCCUAUCUUUCUGAGCAGAGCACUCAAAGGGUAGGAAAUUCAGGGGAUGCACCUGAGCUCUCCCCCAGAAGGACCCAAAGUAGCCUCACUGUGUCAGAGGUUCUCACCCGCCGGAAUCGGGCAGGAGACGCUGUCACUGCUGCAGCCUGGAUCCAUUCAGCAGGCCUGGAGGAAGGUGAAGACUGCACACUGAGUGUCUACAGGCGACUGCACAACUCUCUGGAUCGGUCUGAAUUGCCUGCAAAGCAGGGGCUGCCAGAGCCCGGCCGGGUACGCGCCGAGGAAAGGUUAAGGCCAGUCAGGCCCUGCGCGGAUGAAAACUGAGCCUGCUAGGAGAGGGCUGCUACCUCCCCACUGCUCCUGCUUCUCAUCUCUCCCACCUUGCUUCCCCACAAAGGAUCCAAGGCCAGUUAAUCAGGCUAGACACAGGCCUUGGCUGGGAGAUCGUCGCAGAGAGCCAGGCCAUGGCUCAGGUCAUUUUUGCCAAGUAGCCGGAGGGGAUCAGAGACUACAAGCUGGACAGAGUCACCCAGGCUCAGCCUUUCCCUGAUGCAUGAAUCUUUUCUCCCUCUUCCCUGGUAGUUUGGACCACUAUAGCCCCCAGAUGGGGAAAGAUAUAGAAACCCCUUGAGUCCCCACUAUACAACAGCAGCCAAAAACUCUCUGCUCCUUGGUGGGAUUUUCUGUAUCAUAGGGCAGCCCUGUCUCUGUGUGUUUAAUGUUCUGAUUUCUCAGUCUCCUCACAGCAUCCAUUUUACUCCGUUUGCCCUAAGGGCCCAAGUACCCAUUGAGACUUACCAGCCAUAAGCUCCAUCUAAGGGAUUUCCGUUCCUUUCCCCCCUUGGAAUUCUUUUCCUCAGACUUUGAACGCAGAAGUGAUCUGUGUUGCCUCUAAGGAAUUCUAGGACAGAAAAGCUUCAUCUUCCUCUGACCUGGCCCCCUGGCUGAUAUUGUUCCCUUGGGGCAAAGCACGCCCAGGUACCCAUCAGAAUGACAUCAUCCUCCCCCCACCUGAGCUCUGCUCACCUUCCAAAGGCAACCGGAAGUGCAUAAGCCUCAUACAUCUCCUUCUCUGGGCACCAGUACUGCUGCUGGCAUUGCCUCCUUUCUCUCCUCUGACUGGAGACUUCAGGCUGACUUCAUUGUUUCUACCUUGGAAAUAUCUCCAGACUAUGCUGGGACUUGACCCAGCAUCUCUGCCUUCUAGGAAGUGCCCAGCAAGGGGGAAACAUGGCGGGAAGAAGUGAUUUCCCUCUAGUCACUCCACAAAGCAAUAGAGCCAUGAAAGGCAUGGACUGAGAUUAUUCCCUCCUGUUCCUUUCAUCCCCCAUAGAGGAGGUAUUGCACUUUACCAAGCUGAUGCAUUCCUACAGAAGUGGGCCCAUGAUUUCUGCAAGUCGACUAUCAUUAUGAUGACUUAAUUAGAGGAAAGGUGAUAUGCAUUCCCAUUGAGGGCCCUAGUUUUAUAGAAUUCAAAAUGCAGCAAACCUUUCAGGAAGCCUUGUAAAUAAAAAUUGAUUAGUUUCCUUAUACCAAUUAUAUGGGAAGUUAAAAAACCUAUUUUGGCACAGCUUUUUCUAUGGCAUCCUCUCAAUUCAAAGCAGGACCUCCUUCAAAGGCUACCUUUAUGAAGCAGAUGCUAUUGCAUUCUUAAUGGAAGUGGGCAUUAGACCAGGAGUCAGGGAAACCUGGAUUUUCUUCAUGGCUUUGCUACUUCCUUACUGUGAGAUCUUAGGUAAGUCAUUGUCCUUUGGGGGCUUGUUUCCUAUAAAAUGAGUAUACCAUACUCAUUUUAUGGGUAUACUAUAAAAUGAGUUCUUUGAAAGGGCCCUGGAUCUCGGGCAUUUUAAGAUUCUGUUUCUGCCAUCUCAUAUUUGGAAGGGAUCAUCCAUAUGGAUUUGGGGUUUGAUAUGGAAAACCUACAUGGAUUUGGGGGGUAUAUUCCCCUGCCUUCAGUCCCACCCACCCACCCACCCCCAACCUUAUUCUUACCAGUUUCCCCAUGUUUUAAUCUCAUGGUGAUGAUGAAAUGAGAGAUGCUCCCUGGGUGGGCCUCAGGUUUUUCAGUCUUAUAAAAUGAAGGGGUUUAAUUAGUAAUGUCCCUGCCCUUUGUGACACAAAGCUUGCCCAGUGCCACACAGUAUCUCCUGGCUUUCAGGGAGGGUACUUCUCAUAAUACAAGACUGUGUAUCUCCUGUUCCUGUGCCUCUUUUAGAAUUUUUCUUGCAAGAGGUAGGCUUCUUGCGUUGUCUUCUCUGCCUCCACUCAGUGUGGAGAACCAGUGUUCAUCAAGCCUUUGUCUGCAUCAGAGUUGUCAAUCCUGGAGGAAGUUUGGGAAGCACCUACCUUACUUUCAGGGACAGGAAUGUCUUGCACAGACUUCCUUUUUCUUGAGUUUUGUCAGUCCAAGGGCAUUGUCAUGUGGUGUACCUUUCCUCUCCACAUCUCUGCCUCAGAUGCUCAGAUGAGUUCAGGAUUUCUUCCUUGCUGCUUUUCCUGGGUCAUUGGCCAGAAAUAUCAGGCUUGGGGCUUCAACCCCUUACGUUUAGCCUCCUUGCCAUUCUCCUUUACUGAUCGGCAAUCCCGAGAGGCCAAUGGAAACUGACCUCUAUGGUGGUUAACUGAGGAUAUAGGAAACUAAGUCUGUGGCUCUUCUCUGCUGGUGGAAACAGAAGGGUGCCAAGCCAUUCCCAAAAGGAUCUCACUAGUAAUUCCUGUCUUUGGGCCUUGGAACCCAGGGUUCUGGUGCUGUAGUUCCUGUUGCCAAAGUCGAAUCGUUCCACAUUUCAGCAGCACCGAUACCUGCCACUACUCAUAAUGCUCUGUGGAAGAGGAACAGCUAUGGCGCCCUCUUGCUAGGGCUGCCAUCUUGAUAAAUGAGUGCAAUAGGGGUUGACUGUAACAGUUAUUUCAGGACAAAUAUUUUGUUUCCUUAAUGUGCAUACUUUUAAAACUGUUGAACAAUAGAUUUUACUUUAAAAUGUUCCCAGCAUUGCAGAAAGCACUAUUUUUUAACGAGUUAAGGCUGGAGGAGGCUUAAUUCCUCUGGGUUUCAAAUGGCUGGCAAGGCUCUGAGAUUCUGGAGUUAGAAGGCAUGUUUCUGAAAAGCAACCAAGGUGUGACCGUUUGGACCCAGGCUUCACCAUUAGGGGCCUUGGAGGAAACCUUCAGUAGAGGGGAGACCUGGUAGUUGUCUGAUCAAGCCAAAUAUUCUCACUUGUCCCAACCAACAAACUCACUUUUAUGAAAAACUUAUUCUGCAGCCUGGUCUACAUCUUACAGGCAGGUAUAUGGUUGUGGGAGGGUUCUUAGUGAGAAUGUGGGACUUGGCACUACAAAGCUGCUUGGUUGGAGGAAGUGGAGCUAGUGUCUUCCACCUGCUGCUGUGUCCCUUUCCACUCUGAUACUAAGAAAACCACCAGAAAAAGCUGUAAGAGUGGUGAACAAAGAAGCUGUGGCUUUGUUUUUCAGCGAUGACAACAGUUAAAAUGUGGGUUAAAGGGAUUUAUGGUGGGGUCAAGGACUCUAAGCUCGGCUGCAGGCAAGCUUGCACAUAAAUCUUCCUCCUCUCAUGGGGCGUGUGUUUGGGGGGAGGGGGUCUAUAAUUGUUCUUGGACUUGUUGUCCUGGGGUGAAUUUAGUUCUUUAUAUUUAGUGGAUCAGUGCCAAGUGCUACCACUUUCCAGUAAAGGAAUAGGGAUCCUGGGACUGGGUCCCUGGCUGCCUUUGUUGGGGUGGAUUUGUUGUUGUUACCCUGACAGACUGCUUUGGAAGAGCUGCUUUUAGGGAUUAUCCUUUCAACACCCAGGGUGGGGAACAGGGUUCUCCUCAAAGCCUCACAACCAAGGUCAUAGGAAAGGGGCCCUAUUUUCCUGCUGCUUCACAGCUCAGAACAUGUACUGAAUGGAAUGUAUUUUUAAGAGAAUAAAGUCUAUUUUUUUGUAUUUUAAAGAUUUAGGGGGGAGGGGCUAGGGAGGUGGCCCUCAAACUUACUGCAUUAUAGGCCCCCCUUUGCUGGGGGCCUUAGUCUCUGUCAGUCCACAUCUACGUGCUCAGGCAGGUGCUCUGGUCUCGUCCCUGCCCUUUGGAGUCCAGGUGCAGCAGCUUCUACAUUCCUGCUCCAAGCAUGGGACCAAGGAGGCUGGACCCUGUCCCUGGAAACCAGGGCAAAGCCAUGAGCGGUGACUCAGGGCCCCUUGGGUGCAUGUGUAUAGUUGAAGCUGCCUGUCUGCAUGUAUCCUCUGGCUCUAAUGCUGUUGGCUCUGCAGCACAAUAUGUAACCAAUAAAGCUCUCCAGUUUCCACUG